CUCUCACACAUCGUCGCGCUCGUCCAGAACGAACUCAGCGAGCCAUACGUGAUAUACACGUAUCGAUACUUCCUGCACCAGUGGUUCGCUUUCCCCGCAGACCAACCUGACGUACCCAUUGGCGUGAUAGUCUGUAAGCAGAGCAUGCACCGCGAAAGAUCAAACCGUGGUUACAUUGCCAUGCUCAGCGUCUCCAAGAACUGGCGCAAGCGUGGCAUCGCGAGCGCCCUCGUGCGUCAUUCCAUUGAUGUCAUGAAAGCUAGUGGUGUCGAAGAGAUCGCUCUUGAAACCGAAUACGACAACACCGCUGCGCUCGCCCUGUACGCUUCUAUGGGGUUCGUCCGUGAGAAGCGCCUCUUCCGCUUCUAUCUUAACGGCAAAGAUGCCUUCCGGCUCAUCCUC